AUGGUUCAAGUACAGGCCUCUCUUGCCCUCGACGACCAGUUGUCCGCUGGCUGGUUCAGCUGGUUCACCAACAAGGGUAUCCUCAAACUCAAUGCCAUCUUGUGUCUUUCUCUCAUCUCCAGUUAUGCAACUGGAUACGAUGGAAGUAUGAUGAACGGCCUUCAGAGCCUGGAUACGUGGAAAGCAGAUUUCAAUGACCCUGAUGCCAACAAACUUGCCAUUCUAAACGCAAUUCAGAAUAUCGGACAACUUGUAGCUUUGCCAUUCUGCGCUAUGUUCUGCGACAAGUUUGGCCGUCGCCCUGCCUUGGUCACUGGAGCGGCCAUCAUGCUUGUUGGUGUUGGUCUUCAAGGCGGAGCACAGAACACAGGCAUGUUUAUCGCUGCCCGAGGUAUCCUUGGUUUUGGCUUGGCUUUAAACAUCACUGCCGCACCGGUGCUUAUCAUGGAGUUGGCGUAUCCCACACAACGAGCACCUAUGGUUUCCAUCUACAACACACUCUGGGGUCUCGGUGCUCUUUCCGCCGCCUGGAUCACUUACGGUACUUUCAGAAUGAACAGCUCGUGGGCAUGGCGUGUCCCUUCCAUUCUGCAAGCCUUGUCCAGUAUUCUUCAGCUUGGUCUGUGUUUCAUCAUUGACGAGUCACCUCGAUGGCUAGUCGCCAAGGAGCGUGAGGCUGAAGCUGAGAAUCUGCUUAUCAAGUACCACGCCAAUGGUGACAGGAACAACCCGGCGGUAGCAGUGGAGAUGGAGGAGAUUAGAACUGCUAUUCGCCUGGAGAAUGAAGCAAUGAACUCCACAAGCUAUCUCUCUUUCUUCAAGACCAAGGGCAACCGCCACCGUUUCUUCAUUAUCCUGGCGGUUGGUUUCUUCAGUCAAUGGAGUGGCAACGGCCUUAUCAGCUACUACCUGACUUUGAUCCUCAACUCGAUCGGAUACCGCUCUCAGGAGACACAAACCCUCAUCAAUGCUUUGCUGACACUUUGGGGAUUAUUCUGGGGUGUUGUGUUUUCUCUACUUGUCAACCACAUUCCUCGUCGAGUUAUGUUCCUUGGCUCAACGCUUGGAUCGCUCGCAGUCUACAUUGUCUGGACAGCACUCGAGGCCACAUACGAAAUGUCAACCGACCUCAACGAAGAUGGAACCGGAGGGCCAAGCGGCAUUGCCAAGGGUGUUCUGGCCAUGAUUUUCUUGUUCAACGUCUUCUUCACAGCUGGUUGGGGUGUUUUGCAAGUGACCUACGUCGUCGAGAUUCUGCCAUUCAAUCUUCGCGCACGAGGCCUUGUCUUGUACAACCUGUUUGUGGCAUGCGCCCUUAUCUUCAACCAGUACGCGAACCCAGUUGGUGUGACCAACUCCAAAUGGAAGUACUACAUUACCUACGACGUGUGGUUGGCCGUGGAGGCUAUUGUUGUUUACUUUCUCUUUGUCGAGACGCGUGGUCUAAGCCUCGAGGAGACGGCGUUGGUUCUUGAUGGUCAAGAGAUGGGAGACAAGCUGGUCGGAGAGGUCCUCAAGAACACAGAAAAGAGUAUCCAGGUCAUCGAGACUGAGAAGCGUGCUUCCCUGUAG